UCUCUCCCCUCCUCCUCCCUGACUGUCUGUGUCUCCAUCCCUCCACCCUGCUCCCCCUCUCCUCACUUCUGGCGCUGCUGCUGCUGCUGGAGUAUAGAGAGAACAUUGGGCUGAAACAAAGAGAGAGAGAGAAUCUUUUAAAGGGAAAGAGAGCGCUAGCGAGAGUGGAGGACACAGAGAGAGCAAGAAAAAGAGAAAGAGAGGGAGGCAGCGGACUGGUGGCCGACUUUCAGACAGCUGGGAGGACACAGAACAGGAGAGAAGGACCAAAGAGUGUGUGUGUGUGUCGCCAUUUCAAACAUGAACUUUGAAGAGUUCUGAGGUGAGCUGUGAGCCCUCUGGUCUGUCCUGCCUCCUCCAGCCCAGCACACAAGCCCAACGCCACCGCUCCCCCAGCAGCCAGCAGAUUGCAGAUGGAGGUGGACUCAGCUGAGAAGCGUUUGAGGACCCGAUCCAAGGGAGUGCGAGUUCCUUCGGAGGCCACAGCCCAGGAUGUCUUCAGUUGUCCCACACCUGGUUGUGAUGGAGGAGGACAUGUGAGUGGGAAGUAUGCUCGACAUCGCAGUGUGUAUGGCUGUCCUCUAGCUAAGAAGAGGAAGAGCCAGGAGAGGACAUCCCAGGAGCCUGCGAUCAAACGGCAGGAUCUACACUUCAACCGACCGAUGGAGAAGGGAAAGGAGGAAGAACCAGACGAGGAGGAGGAGGAAGAGGAGGAAGUAGAGGAAGAGAGAGAGGAGGGACAGGAAGGGGAGGCUGAUGAUGAAGAGGAGUUUUCUGAGGAAGAAGAGGAGACAGGAGAGAUUGAGGAGGAGGAAGAAGAAGGCGACGAGGAGUAUGAGGAUGGAGAGAUUGAGGGAGAGCUGGAGGGAGAGGUGGAGGGGGAGGUAGAGGAGGGUGAAGAGAUGGAACCGAUGGAGGAUGAAGAGGAUGAUCAGGAGGAUGACGACAACAGCGAAGAGGAAGACGACGAUAAUGAGGAAGACGAUGAUGAACGCGAGGAGGACGAAGAGUUUGGUAAUCAGCGUCACACACAUGACUGUUACACAAAUGGAGGACAAUCAAUAUCACAUGGAGAGAAGGCUGUGGACACCAACAACAACAGCGGCGGUGUCGGCGUAAACCCCGCCCACCCAAUGAACAACGAGGAGUACGAGAACUACGACGAGCUGGUGGCCAAGUCCCUGCUGAACCUGGGCAAGAUAGCCGAGGACGCCGCCUACCAGGCCAUGACCGAGUCGGAGAUGAAUAGCAACUCCUCCAACAGCGCAGAGGAGGACGAGGAAGACCAUGACGAUGACGACGAGCUGGGGGCCAGGGGCCGCAAAAACGGGGCCCUCAGCGUGGACUUGGACAGCGACGUGGUGCGGGAGACGGUGGACUCCCUGAAGCUGCUGGCCCAGGGCCACGGGGCGGUGCUGCCCGAGGAAGGCUACCCGCACGCGGCCACGGCCGGAGAUGGAAGUGGCGGUGGAGGCGGAGGAGGGGCCGGAGGCGGCGGGCCGGUAGGGGAGGAGAGCCAGGAGGAGGAGUGCCUCAGCAGUCUGGAGUGCCUACGCAACCAGUGCUACGACCUGGCGUGCAAGCUGAACGAGUCGCAGCUGCCGGCCCCGGACCACGCCUGUCUGCCCCAGCAGCACCAGCACCAGCACCCCCACCUCCAUCACCUGCAGCCGGGGGGUCAUGACGCCCAGGGGCUCCCACUGCACAUGCACGUCUACGGGGGAGGCUUGCUGGGGGAGCAUCAGCAUCAGCACCAGCAGCAUCAGCAGCAUCAGCAGCAUCAGCACCAGCAGCAUCAGCACCAGCCACUGGAGCGGAGCUACUCCGACAUGGUCAACCUCAUGAAGCUGGAGGAGAAGCUGAGCCCGGUCUCCCGCGGCUACGGAGCGGGGGUGCCGCCGCCGCCCGACGAGGACACCACCUCGGUGACCUCGGAGCGCUCGGACGAGGCCUAUGACGUCACCAAGGGCAACCUGACGCUGCUGGAGAAGGCCAUCGCGCUGGAGUCGGAGCGCGCCAAGGUGAUGCGGGACCGCGCCGCCUCAGAGCAGGGGCCGCUCGGACGCAAGGACAAUCACCACCACCACCAUCACCACCACCACCACCACCGUGGGCAUGGCCAUGGCGAGCACAGCCCCAGACCAAGCAGCGGAGCCGAGGAGAGGAGAGCAAGGCUGCACCACGAUGGCAGCAAGAGGACCUACUACAGCAAAGACUCCUCCAGAGGGGAGAAGAAGGAGAGCAAGUGUCCGACUCCAGGGUGUGACGGAACAGGCCAUGUGACGGGGCUUUACCCACAUCACCGCAGCCUGUCCGGGUGCCCACACAAGGACCGUGUGCCACCAGAGAUUCUCGCUAUGCACGAGAACGUUCUAAAGUGUCCCACUCCUGGCUGCUCGGGGCGGGGUCACGUUAAUAGCAACAGGAACUCGCAUCGCAGUCUCUCUGGAUGCCCUAUCGCUGCUGCUGACAAGAUGGCCAAGGUCCAGGAGAAACACCAGACCAGCGACGGACCCAAGAGCAACCAGGCCUCUGACCGCGUGCUCAGGCCUAUGUGCUUUGUGAAACAGCUGGAGAUCCCACAGUACGGUCACAAAACUAACGUCUCCACUAGCACCCCCCGCUCUAACCUGGCCAAGGAGCUGGAGAAGUACUCCAAGACCAGCUUCGACUACGCCACGGGCUACGACGCCCAGCAGCACCCCUACGGCAAGAGAGCCCUGGCGCCCAAGACCCACGGCCGUGACACCUCCCCCAAGGGAUACGACGCCAAGCGCUACUGUAAGACGGCUAGCCCGGCGAGCAGCACGAGCAGCAGCUAUGCCCCCAGCAGCAGCAGCAGCAGCAGUGCAGGGGGGCUGAGCUGUGGAGGAGGAGGUGGAGGAGGAGGAGGAGGAGGAGGAGGAGGUGGCGGCAGUGGCCGAGGGGGAGGGGGCGAUGGAAGCAGCGCCAGCAGCACCUGCAGCAAGAGCAGCUUCGACUACACACACGACAUGGAGGCGGCGCACAUGGCUGCCACGGCCAUUCUCAACCUGUCCACACGCUGCAGGCAGAUGCCCCAGGGCCCGCAGGAGAUGCUCUUACAGAGCCCUGAUGACGAUGAUGGGAGUGGUGGCAUUGAUCAGUGCGGAGGCUCUGGUGGUGUGGGCGGAGGUGGUGAGGAAACGGUGCUGACCCCUCUGGAGCCCAUGUCCCCCCAGCGCCAGGCCCUGCUCAACAGCCGCGGCUACCAGAUGGGCACUGCUGACUGCUGGGACCUCCCACUGGACUACACCAAACUCAAACAUCUGGACCAGGACGGACACAAGGAGCCUGACGAUCUUGACCCAUUCCAAGACCUCCUGGAUGAGCCUCAGUACCCUGAGGAGGUGCCUAUGCCCAGCCCCAAACACAAGUACCACCCCUGCAAGGAGACCAAGAAGGAGAUCAUCACUCUUUCCAGCUGCCAGCUGGCUGACAAAGGCCUCCGGGGGGUGAUGUCCACAUCCAACUCACAAGAUCUGAAGUGCCCCACUCCUGGCUGUGAUGGGUCGGGACAUAUCACAGGAAACUACGCCUCUCAUAGGAGUCUGUCGGGCUGCCCCAGAGCAAAGAAAAGUGGCAUCAAGAUUCUGCACAGCAAAGAAGACAAGGACGACCAGGAGCCAAUCAGGUGUCCAGUCCCUGGGUGUGAUGGGCAAGGUCACGUGACAGGGAAGUACGCUUCACACCGCAGUGCGUCGGGGUGUCCCCUGGCGGCCAAGAGGCAAAAGGACGGGCUGGUGAACGGCGCCCAGUUCGCCUGGAAGUCUGGGAAAACAGACGGCAUGACUUGCCCCACUCCAGGCUGUGAUGGGUCUGGCCAUGUGAGCGGAAGCUUCCUGACACACCGGAGUCUGUCAGGCUGUCCACGUGCCUCUUCUGCGAUGAAGAAAGCUCGCAUGACCGGGGUGGAGAUGCUGACCCUCAAACAGAGGCCCAGUAAAGGAAUAGAGAACGAUGAAGAGAUCAAACAGCUGGAUGAAGAAAUCAAAGAUCUGAACGAGUCCAAUCAUCAAGUGGAGUCGGACAUGAUUAAACUGAGGACACAGAUCACCACCAUGGAGACCAACCUCAAGUCCAUAGAGGAGGAGAACAAGGCGAUCGAACAGCAGAAUGACUCCCUGCUCCACGAGCUGGCCAACCUCAGCCAGUCGCUUAUCAACAGCCUCGCCAACAUCCAGCUGCCACACAUGACCACGCUGCCCCAGAAAGAUGUGCCUGUUAGACAUAACUGCUGUUUACAGACGGCCCACAGAGAGCCUAUGAACGAGCAGAACUUCGACACCUACGUGGACACCCUGACAGACAUGUACACCCAUCAGGACCAGUACCAGAGCCCGGAGAACAAAGCGCUGCUGGAGAACAUCAAGCAAGCCGUUCAGGGCAUACACGUGUAGCGGGCCCUCACAAGCAAACCAAUGGCUGAAGCCAUCGCUCUGAUGGUCUGAUGGUCUGAUGGUCUGAUGGCAGCGUCGCCCAAUCAAAUUCAAACAUGUUGAACAAAACAACAUGAAAAAGAAACAAGGGAAGAGGACGCGGAGGAGACAAGACAAAUGUAAAAUCUAUGGAUUUAUUAUUUUAUGGCUGUAAUUUAUCCUAUUAUUUUGCAUUAUGAACAAUGCUGAUAUGCUCUCAAAAACUCCAUAACUAUGAUUUAAUGCCUUGCUUUAAAUGUAAUUACUACUAAUGGCAAUUGUUUUGAACAGCAUUCAUAUUUUGUACAUUUUCAUAUGACCUGACAUAAUGUGAUAAUGUAAUGUUUCUAGCUGCUAAUGUAUGCACAUUUUAGUGUAUAUGUGUGUUAUUUUAAAAGAUUAUUGACUAAAUGACAGAUCUUAAAAUUUGCAGUACAGUGGAAUGUCACAGGGUAACAGUGCAAGGAGCAGUCUUUCAUAGGAUGACUUGUUUUUCCACUGGGUUUGAUGGAAACGUGUCUGUGCACGGGUUGUUCAAUGGUUGUACAUUUAUACGUUUUGUAAAAAAGAAAAAAGAAAAAAGAAAUGAAUGUCAGAGAAGAGGAGUCUUUAGGUCAGAGGUCUGUGGUAAUCGCCAUGGAGACACCCUGUUGCAGUGUGGUUUUGACAACCGAAAAAAGAGAUUAGAAAUAAUGGCAAACUAUUUAUGAUUGCAAACAUCAAGACACGGAAACUUACUGGUGCAUAUCCCAUGAACUCGAGUAUGACUGUAACACGUCAGAAGCGCGUUAUCCGUUUGUGAUUUUGAAAUUUCCCAUUCAGACGUGGUCUGAAUAUUAAAUAGACAAUCCAGCAUUUGAACCAUUUAGCUAUAAGGUCAGAAAAAUGUCAAGUAGCUAGUUGGACAAAAUAUUAGCAAUAUGUGACAAUGACUCAAUCAUAUCCUUAGAUAUGGGAUGCAAUCAUUUGGGUAUAUGCAAUUUCGUAUUUGUGAGCCUACCCGUUAAAAAAAGAGUGCAUUUUUACUAACUGUAAAGAAUUAAGUUUUUUGUAUGGACCUUUUAAUACAAUCAUAUUUUGAGAAUGAAACACCAACGAUCGAUUCCCAAACGAGAGAGGUUUCAUUACUCUUUACUCUUCGUGUCAGGGCCACCCUGGUUUCCAUGUUCUGAUGUUUUAGUUGAGUUGUUUUCUUUUUUGUUUGUUUGUUGUUUUUUUAUGUUUUUGUGGGGGGUUUUCUCAGACGGAGAGAGACUAAGAGUUAGUGAUGGGUGAACGCGUUAUGUGGAUGUAAUCAGUGGACUGGAUAUACAGGGUUUCUGCCUCCACCAUGUGACUGCACUUGUCCUGUCCUGUACAUACUCUGCCAUCCUAUCAUCUGGAUCUGAGCCAGGAAGAGUCCAGAUCCGAGCCCAAGGCACCUUUCUCAUCUGACUCCACUGGACAGCAAAGUCAACACAGCAACUGUCUGGGCUGCUGGUCAAGGACUGGUUAUCCAUAGACUGAUAAAUACAUACUGUUGGUUCUGUCAUGGCUAAGAAACAUUACGGCUGCACUUUAACCUCAUACAAACCAGUGACACGAGGACUUCUAAAAAAACUGGGUGGAAUACUUUCUAUCAACGCACUCACAGUACACAAAUAUUACUUUCAAUCACUUCAACAGGUUAGGUUUUUUUUUUUUUUUUUAAAUACUUCACAUGCUGAGGCAUUUCAUUUUUAUGUUAUUUCAAUCUCACAUGUUGAUAUGACAAUCUUUAUUUUUUCCAUUUCAGCUUAAGUGCGAGCCUUUUGGGGAAAAUGGCCCCCAGAGUAAUGUGUCUGGGCUCAGGCUGCAGCAUCCCACCAUCCAGUAGGCUGUUUUGUACUCGCAGCACCAUUGUGUAUAGUGCAUUUGGAUGGUUUAAAGUCAGGUGUGCAACAUUGCAACUGUAUAAAUUCAUAUUUCAAAAUUCAUCGAAUGUCCAUGGUAGCUCCUGUUCAACCACAAUGGUACAAUCAUGUCCUGUUUGUUGACUAAUAAACGGACUGUGUAAAAGGAGAGUGAAAAUAUGCUAAUGAAUGUAGUUCAACUGUUUCUAUGGUAAGGUAAAUGAAAAGUUAAUGUGUAUGAGUAACAAGGAGGACUUUGUUGGGACAUUUGUCAGUAGAUAUGUUUCUUGAUAGUACUUGAUGGUUGCUGCAGAUUGAACUAUGGGUAUUUUAUUGUAGCAAAUUUCAAAUAAAUUCAUUAUGCAGCUACAUAAGUUGGUUUUACCACAACCCUUUUUUUUUCCUGGCGAACUUCUAGAAUACUACAGUAUCCAAACUGAUUCCAUGCCCAUUAUUUCUAAAAACACGAAUAAAUCAAAAAAAAUCUAAUCUAAUCAAACUUCAGGCUGAUGUCCUCAACCAAUGCCACUUUGUUUUUACUGUCCUCUUGUGAUCAGAAUUGUGUCUGUUUCAACUGAGCUGCAUGCUAAUUGACAUUUGAACAGUUUCCUCACUGUGUUAGCUGGUGCAGCUGCUUACUUAAGACAACGAAGAUCUUGAUGAUCAUUUUGAACAUUUGUUAUAUUUUAUAUUUUUUAUGUGCCAUUCGUACAGGUGGAUUAAAAUAUGUGUGAAUACUUUUCUGAACCCGAGUCAGAGAGGGGAAUUGAGAAGGUGAAUACAGCGUUAUAUAUAACCUCUAUAUGAGGGAUAAUCAAAUCCCUUGAUCCUGGAGUGGUCCAAGUCCAUAUAUAUUAUGUAUUAUUAUUAUUAUUAUUAUUAUUAUUAUUAUUAAUAAUAAUAAUAAAAAAAACACAUCUCUGUGUUGCCAAUGUAGUCGGUUUGACCCACGUGGUCAUUUAAGGGAGAGUAUAUGAGGUGCUAGCUAAUUAUAUCACCCAUGCACUCUGGGUUUUCCAGUGAAACAAGAGGCCAAGUCCUCAGGGCUGCCAGCCCUUGAUCCUCAGCUUUGUGUAUGCAGCUUAUUGCCAAUGUAGUACUGCUUCAGAUAGACUUAUAGCAAAUGUAAAAAAAAAAAAUAUGGAAUAAACUAAACAUGUUCAUCGACGAUCAUCAUUGCCUAUACUACAGAAAAAGGGAUUUUAAGCACAAUUCAGCUGCCUGACUGCUGCGGCUGGCACAUCAUUGUAAUGAUAAGAAAUGGAUAAGGUUAUGUGGAUAUUUACAUAAAGAACAUUAUGGUGUCACAUGCUUAAACGCAGAGUCAUUUUCUUAUGAAAAUGUGAGCUCAUCACCAGAGUACGAUAAGAUUUCCAUUUAAAAAAAAAUGUUUCAACUAAUCCUUUGAUGACAGGAUUUUAUAUGACAUCGCUAUCCUUCUCUCUUUCUCACUCUCCUUCUUUCUCUCUAUCGCUCAAUUGAUUUAUUUUUGUACCACAUGGCAUGGCAUUUUGUUGAUACUUUUGCUAUAAAUGUUUAAAAUCACACAUUGCAGUGAUAUUUCAUUUUGAAAUCGUGAACUUUGUACAAUUUUUAUCAUGCUGGUGUUGACAUCUCUUACUCUAAAUAAAACCUGUGUUGCCAUA